ACCAAGUUGCGAGUUUAACUGAUGCCCCAUUCGUUCGGAUACUGGUCUAAAAGUGUCAUCAGGACCUCUGGAUGUCCAUUGGCCGUUUUCCAGCCUAAUUUCACGCUUGCCAUCGCCAAGAUCCACUGAAAGAAGGUCGUCUUUUAGUUCAUAAACCCUUGACAUUCUACAUGUGAACUGCAACUGAGCUGACACAUACAGUUACACAAUUAUCCAGAUAUUUGUGAUCUUUGCAAUAUUUUAAGCCUAUAUGUUUCUUAAAUUAACACACCGAUAAUGAAAGAAGUUAACAGUUUGUUCCUGUUUGCAUUGGAUCUAAACCAUGUUCUACAUGAUAAUGGAAAUCACGACAUUGCUGCCCAUCCAUCUUGUCCUAUACUCAAGUGUAAAGACUGCCGAGUAACUCUGGUGUGCAAGUGCAGCAACAAAAAAUGCAAACUUUUUGAACGUUUCAUUUCUGAAAUAAGCGUAUAUGGACAUGAAUGGCCGGAGUUCGCUUGCAGUGGAUGCAAACGAGCUUCAAAAGUGUUAUCACUUAUUCCAAACUGCCAGCAAGGCUGUUUCGAUGGAGUUGAGACAAAAGUAGAUCGAGAAGAGUUCGAAAUGAUACAGAAAAAACAUAUGCAAUUGUUUUCCGAGAUUGAGCCUGUUUUGAAUUUUGCCAGUGUUACCUGUAUGAAUUUUGGAUACGAUAGAGUGGUAUCUGUGCUGGCCAUGGAAAACAUUGAAAACAUCUGUAAAACUGUUUUCAGCUUUUGGUUUGUCAGUGGUGUCACUUUUAAGGCUUGCAUUGGCUUCUUCGGUUUCGCAAAGGAUCUAAUUUUGCAUAUGCAUGAACUGAGACAUCCAUUGGUGACAGUUGCUAUAGAUGUCUUAUCUUCAUUCAUGCGAACCAAUGUUGAACAAUUCAUAGUCGAUCAGAAUGAGUGGAAUCAAGUAAUAAAAGCCUUUCACAAAACGAAGAAUAACAUGGCAAACGAGAUGACACGUCGAUUAGGUGAUGUCGACAGAGAAUUGGACUCAUGUUUAGCUUUAAAGUGCCUUAAAUCAAAGGCCUUUAACAUUGCGGUUGUUGGAGAGUCAGGCUCGGGAAAAUCCUCGUUGAUCAAUGCCCUUCGUGGAGUGAGGCCAGGUAUGGAGGGAUCUGCAAGGGUUGGGGUCUCGGAAAUGACCAUGAAGCGUUCACACUACGAUAUCCCUUAUAACGAGCAUAUGGUCAUAUUUGAUUUGCCUGGUAUUGGAUCAGUAAAUAUGACGGAAAAAAUGUAUUUGUCAAUUGUUGAGUUUGCAGUUUAUGACUUUUUCAUACUGGUGUCCUCAUGCAGGAUUACAGGUCGUGAUAUUUGGUUUGCGCAGCAAAUUCGAAAACAUGGAAAGGCAGCUUUCUUUGUAAAAACAAAAAUAGACAUAGACAUUGAAAACGAAGAAUGCGACCAUGGCAAAUCAGCAACAGAAACUAUGUCAAAACUUCGCAAUGAAUGUGAAAUGGAAAUGAAGAACAUAGGCCUGUACGACAUGGAGAUAUUUCUUGUUAGCUCAAGAAAAACCAACAAAGCAGAACUUGGAAACCUAAAAGCACAUUUGAAAUCUGGAACAGACAUUGAAUAUAUGUCAAGAGUAAAGAAACGUCUAGCCUUGAUGCAAACGAAGCGCCAAGAAAAAACGAAACGUCAGGAUUUGUAUAUAAAAGUAGCCGAAAGCCUCAAGGCUGUAGAGACGAGUCUGGACAAUGAAUCACGCAAUGUCAAAGUGCUGAAGGUUAGCACCGCAAGCGUUUCUUUAGUGUGUGGUGUAGCAUCAUCGGCUUGUCUGAUUGCUGCACCAUUCACUCUUGGAGUAUCUCUUAUCCCCGGCAUCGUUCUAGGAGCAGUAGCUGCGGCAUCUGGAUUCACAACAGCUGGGUCAUCAGUUGUUGAAAAAAUUCGCCAGAAAAAGAAGAUAGUAAAAAUGAAAGCUGCGAUUGAAGAGCUUGAAAGUCCAUGUGCAGACAGUGACGAUGCUACACUCAAGAAUAUUGACAGCUCUAAGGUAGGAGUUUCUGAUGUAUUACAAGGGCUGAAAGGAGCAGGAACAGUAACAGGCUCCACUAUAGGAAUAACACUACGAGGUUUAGAGUCAGGCGCAGUGAGCACGCUGUCAAGUUUUGCAAAGGUUGUUCGCGUAGGCGGUGGAAUUAUUGGAUUAGUCGCUGUUCCAUUCGACGUCUACACCAUUGUCACAGAAAGUAUUGAUUUACACAAAGGAAAUUAUUCUGCAGUAGCACAAGACAUAAGGGAAAAAAGAAAGGUCAUUGAACGGAAGCUGUAUUGUUCUGCUUACAAGAGACGAUGUCCGAAUUCACAUGGCUGUGCGUACAUUUAUUAAAUGUAGUGGUACACAAGAAAUGCAUACGUACCUUAAUUAAGGAACUAGGCCAAAUAUCAAAUGUAGAAGAAUACACGACAUGCCGUUGUAACGUAAUUUUGGCACGAAGCUCAAUUGCUGCAAAACUGUUCACUUCAAAGCUAAACUAAAUGGUAUAUAUAUUCAUCGUUGCUGAUAAUUUACGCUCUUUAGAAUAGGCGCAGAGUACCGGAACAAUAACACAUUAUUCCUACGUGCUUUUUUGCGGCCAUUUCGUUCGUCCGAUGUACUUUUGAGACAACGUGAUACUCUCCAGUGUGAAAAACUUAUAUUGUAAAUAUCAAUACCGUCUUUGUUGCAGCAUUGUUAUAUUCACAUUCAAAUGAGAGGAUAUUGUAUAUUGGUUUGUUUGUUCUUUGAAUUACAAUAUGAAGCAAGUCCACGUUUCACGGAAAACAUAAAUAUAUUUUAAUUAAAUAAUUAUAAGCAUGCUGCAUUAUCAGUUUGACGGUUUGUUUAUAUUGAUUUCGUAUAUAUUAUUUUAUAUAUCAAAGGAUAUUACAUAGAAGUUGUAUUGCUUGAUUCUAUUUCAAUUGUGUUGGCGUCCUUGUAUGUACAGUGAUACUUUCAAAAUGAGACUAAAUGAUAACAUACCAAUUUAAACCUUGCAAAGGCAAGCUUUGUUGGAUAGUUGUCUUUGAAUGACUUUACUGUACAUUUUUAAACCAAGCCUUGUUGCUCCGCCUUGAUGCAUUCAUUUACAUGAGACAUUUGUUGAGUACUUGAUUUUUUAUUAUAUUACACUUUAUUGUUAUCAAGUUGAUACGUGCCUUGAUGGGACUUUUUUGAUGAGUGUGUUAUCUAUUUGUGGUGUUUGCAUAUGUGAAUGGGAUGUAUAUGUCGAUGAGGUUAAAACAAACGUGUUGCAAUAAACAAAAGCAAUUAAGUCACUAAGUACUUUGUCUCUUGCAGCGAUUAUGGAAAUUCUACAGUGUGUCAUUAUUAUGUGUUUCAUAUUACAGUUUGGCUUUAAGUAUUUUGAGGAGUAUAUGUGUUUAUGAAAACUGGUGUGAGUUUGUGCUUUUUCUGAUCAGAAAUAAAAAAAGG